UCUAUUCUGAGGAAGACCGGCGAAGGUUACGUCUCCCCGUCACCUUAAUAAGGCAAUGGCGGACAAGAACAAGAUAUUACCCUGGUCCUUCUUACCCUACCCAGCCAGCUUUCUCAACCACGUCUGGUACAGUCAGCUCGCCCUGAACACUAGGUUAUUAGAAAGCAUGAAGAUGCCGGCGAGUAGGACCUCCGGCUUUCACAUAAGCGACAUAUUGGAAUUGAACGAUCCCAAGCCAACAAGCGAAGACGCAGAUAUUCCAGGAGCGACAACGAUACUGCCACCGACGAGCGAUGUCCCGACUACCUAUCAACAACUGCUUGAGCACACGACGGCGAUGCUGCACCCGGGCGGUCCGGGUGGCCCGCCGGGUUUCAACUUGAAUCGAGUCGGGACCCUGCCGACGGCGGCAACUGGUCCGUUGGCGCCCCCAACUGCCGCCGGACUCCUCAGCUGGCACCAGGCCGCAGCAGUCACGAACAUACCGCCCAGCUUGCCCCAGGCCCUCGACGAGGUCAACGUACUUCAGCAACCAGAUUCUACGAGCCCCGCGAUAUCCGAUCUCUCUUAUCCAUCGCAACGCGACAACAGUAUCCAAGGCUCGAAGGAAGAAGACGAGCUUCCUGAAGAAGAGAUGGAGGCCGAGUACGAUGAGGAGGAAGAUGACGACGACGACGAGUCGCUGGAGAAUAAGAAGAAAGCGAAAGACGGUAUCCUUGAUAAGGGUGAGAAACGGGAUAGAAGCCGACGGGAUCAGGAACACCCGGAAGAAGAGUCCGAGCACAAGAAACGAAAGCGACGGGUAUUAUUCUCCAAAGCCCAGACCUACGAACUCGAGCGACGUUUUCGACAACAGCGUUACCUAAGUGCACCCGAGCGCGAACACUUAGCAUCGAUAAUCCGACUGACGCCCACCCAGGUGAAGAUCUGGUUCCAGAAUCAUAGAUACAAGACGAAGCGCGCGGCAACGGAGCGCGUGGAGGCAGCGGGAACGAGAUUGGACUGCUCGCCAAGACGGGUAGCAGUUCCGGUUCUGGUCAGGGACGGGAAGCCCUGCCAGUCCAAGUUGCUGGAGCCCUGUUCGGCGGCCGCAGUUGGUGCAGCAGCCGCAGCAGCAGCUUCCGCGAGCCUCAAUAGCCAGUAUUCCAGCCUCAAUAGCCAAUUGCCAAUGCACUCGUAUAUGCAGAAGCCGUACUGGUGGUAA